AUGGCUCCACCAAAAAAGAAAAAUAAGAGGGAUGUGGUAGAUCCCACAUGGAACCACUGUGUACGUGCUACUGAGCUAACAGAUCCUAAGGCUGUUGAUAACACUAGACUAAAACUAGUGUGCAAUUAUUGUGGUAAGACAUUGUCUGGUGGUGUGAGUAGAAUGAAGCACCACUUAGCUCGUAUCCAUCAUAAUGCAAAACCUUGUGAAAAAGUUCUAGAAGAUGUUACAAAUAUGUUUCUAAAAAUAUUGAAAGAGUUGAAACAAAGAAAUUGCAUUGAGCAAGGUGAUGUGGAUGUGGAUUGCUUUGAUGAGGUGGAAAAUGUGAUAUCUAAAAGAGGAAGUAUGGAUCAAUAUGUGAGCAAAACAAAGGCGAAACAAGUCACUUUGCCUUCUAUGUUGAAGAAUCAAACAAAACCAUGUGUUGACAUAUGUAGAAUGACAUAUGGAGAGGCUUUGCCCUUUAGCUUGGUUAAGAGUUCAUGGUUUCACAACACCAUACAAUCAAUCGGGAAAUAUGGCAAGGGCUUGAAACCUCCUUCAUAUCAUGCAGUUAGAGUCACAUUCUUGAAGAAAGAGGUUGAUAAUGUGCAUUCAACCUUAGAGAAGUACAAAAGUGAGUGGAAGAAAGUAGGUUGUUCGUUGAUGUCAGAUGGAUGGCAAGAUGGGUGUGGAUGUUCUAUCACUAAUUUUCUUGUUAAUAGUCCAAAGGGGACUGUUUUCCUAAAAUCAUUGGAUACCUCCUCAAUUAUCAAGAAUGGUGUUGCUUUGUUUGAGUUACUUGAUACUUUUGUUGAGGAAAUUGGUGAAGAAAAUGUAAUACAAGUAGUCACCGAUAGUGCAUCCGCUUUUGUCCUUGCCGGUGAGUUGCUAAAGGACAAGAGGAAAAAACUUCUUUGGUCUCCAUGUGCGGCUCAUUGCAUUGGUAGGAUACUAAAGCAUACAAAGAAUCAUAACUUAGCAAGGCCUGCCGUGACAAGGUUUGCCACCGCUUACCUCACUUUGAAAAGUAUCUUGACUCAAAGAAAUGGGCUUAGAGCCAUGUUUACUUCUUCGGCUUGGUGUAAGAGUUCUUAUGCCAAGACUCGUAAUGGGUUAGAUGUCCAACAAAUAGUGUUGGAUGCAAAGUUUUGGAAUGCAAUUAGGUAUUGCUUGAAGGGUGUACUUCCUUUGGUUAAAGUCCUAAGACUAGUUGAUGGUGAUGCAAAGCCCGCCAUGGGUUAUAUUUAUGAAGCCAUGGAUAGGGCAAAGGAACAAAUUGAGAAAAAUUUCAACAAAGUGAAAAAAAGAUAUGCUGCGAUUUGA